UUUCAUAAGAUUAACUAUAUUCACUUCGUUUCAUAUAUAAACAUUUCAUUUUAUAUAUAAAAUACAAAACUUUUAUUUCGAUAAUUAUAUGUACAUAUAUGAAGAGAAUAUUUAAUGCUUAUAUUUUUAAUAAUUAAAAGAUUUUAUUAAAAUUUUUUUAAAAAAAUGUCAAUAAAACGUGGUGCUUUAAUAGUUUUAGAAGGAUGUGAUAGAGCAGGAAAAUCUACUCAGGCGAAAAUGUUAAUAAGUGCUUUAAAUAACCGUAAUAUUCCUGUUGAAUUAUAUAGAUUUCCUAAUAGAACAACUGCAAUUGGAGAAAUAAUAAAUAAUUUUUUGACUAAAAAAACAGAACUUCCUUCUGAAGCAAUACAUUUGUUAUUUUCUGCAAAUCGUUGGGAAUGCAAAGAUGAAAUUUUGAAAACUUUAUAUAAAGGAACUACUCUUAUUGUUGAUAGAUAUGUUGCUUCUGGUGCUGCUUAUACAGCAGCUACAACUGGCAAAAAUUUAAAUUGGUGCAGAGAACCUGAUAGUGGACUGCCUUCUCCAGAUCUAGUUAUUUAUCUUUCAAUUUCCAAAAAAUCUCAAACUUUACGUAGUAAUUGGGGAGAUGAACGUUAUGAAAAUAUUGAAUUUCAAGAACUUGUUGCUUCUAAUUAUGAAAAAUUAAUAGAUAAAACAUGGUAUGUAAUUAAUGCAGAUGAUGAUAAAUCAGUAAUACAUUCUCAAAUAUUAGAAAAGGUAAUAGAUACUAUAAAGAAUAUUAAAUAUUUACCUAUAGAAAAAUUAUAUGAAUCUGAUAAAAAUAGUUAAUAUUAAUAAUAUAGAAUCAAAUAUAAAAAAAGUUUAUAUAUACCUUUAAAUUUCAAAUUAAUUAUUUUAUCAUAUUUAGCAACUAUGAAAAAAUAUAUUUUCAUAUAAUAAUUUUGAUUGUCACACAAAUAUAAUUUUUCUAGAAAAAUAUAUUUUUUUUAAAUAUAUUUCAUACAAAUACAAAUACUUAAAUCUUGAGGAUAAAAUAUUCAAUGAUAAAAUAUACUUAAUGUUUGAAUUUCAACUUUGAAAUAAUUUGAAAUUUUCAAGAGCUUAAAGUCUUGAAAAUUUUCAGAUUUCCAAGAGAUUUAGAUUUUUAAUUAUAUUCAAUUUAAAGUGUUUAAAGUGUUAUUAGAUAUAUACCUUAAUAUUAUAAAAUAUUUUAUAGUGAUUAAAUUGGCAUUUAGAAUUUUAUAUACAAAAUUUAUUAAACAUAUAAAACAGAAAUUUAUAUAGAUAAAAAUACAGAAAAAAAUUAAUAUGUUUAAAUUGAUAAAUAAUUUUUCAAUCUAUGAUUAUUAGAACUUUUUUUUAAUUUAAUGAAGUAAUAUUUAUUUUUAAAAUUUUUUUAUUUUAUCAUUUUAUACAUAUAUAUAUAAGCACGAAUUUUGUUCCAUUAUAAUAUUAUAUAAGUAUACAUAAUUUUUUUGAAUUUAUUAUAUUAAUAUAUAAUAAAUUCAAUUUAAUAAAAUGUAAUAAAACAAUGUAAUGAAAAGAAUUUUUUAUUAUUAAAGAAUAAAUUGUUUUAUUUA